UCAUUUUUAUUUUUAUUUUAGUCUUUUAUGAUCCCGAUUGUGGUAAUACACCUGAUGCUUUAGAUCAUGCAGUACUUGCUGUUGGUUAUGGUACAUUAAAUGGUGAUGAUUAUUGGCUUGUUAAAAAUUCUUGGUCAACUUAUUGGGGUAAUGAUGGUUAUGUAUUGAUGUCUCGUAGAAAUAAUAAUUGUGGUGUAGCAACAGCAGCAACAUAUGUUAUUGUUCAAUAA